AUGUCGCUGGUAUAUAUCACCCACCACGAUGAGAACAUCUUCGGGUGUGAGAACGAGUUUGAGAGAGCUGCGGGCCCCAGGGAAUCCGUAUUUGUCUACAAAAAUCCUAUUGUGGAGCGGGCAGCCAAGUAUGCCAGGGAUCUGCGAGAGCGCUUCAAUGAGGAGGACAAGAAGCUAUCGGUUGUGCUGCAGAACGAUGGCACCCGCGUCCUCACGGAGGCCAAGAAAUCGCUGCAUCGCACCAUGGGCUGUGCCCACACUCCGAUCGAUCCACCGUGCGCCUUUCUGCGCAAGAAUCAGGGCAUCAAGUGGCGGCGGGAGAACACACACAAGUGUCCCAAGAUGCCGCCCAUGCCGCCAUUGCCACCGGCCGGAAGUGGUGGCCACAAGUCCACCAUGGCUCCGAAUUUCAUCAAACGCAAUAAGAUGUGCGCCAGGGAGACUGUACCCUGUCCCCCGCCACCGCGCUAUGUAGACACUCCGGCGGGAACUCGUCACAAUCUGCUGAAUUCCGGGUUGGUGCCGCAGUUCAUCUGUCGCAAGGACUUCGGCAAGGUUCCGGUUUAUCUCAAGAAGAACAAACGGAUGCUGGCCGACAUGAAUGCCGUGUGUGCCAAGGAGCAGGCUCGUUUGCUGGAGUUGUGCCGUGGCAUCAAAGGAUUCACCCAGGCAUCCGUGAACGUAAGUGGUCCACCGGAAAUGCCCGGAAUGCGGGUGAUGAACCAGCCGGAACGCAAUGAGAUCCUUGAAGGUUUACGCCUCAGCUUGACCGAUAUGACCAAGCAAUAUCAGUCGAUGUCGCUAUUGAUCGACAGCAUUGCCAAGCGGCAGCGGAAGUCCAAGCUGGAGUCCGACCUUCGCCAGGUGGAGCAGGAUAUUCUGUUGAUCGAAACCACUCCGAUUAUCUAUGUUUCCGAGUAUUAG